AGUUUCCGGGAAGGGCCAGAUGGGAUCUACCUGCUUUGGGCAGAGCCAGGCCAGAGGGGCGCAGGGAGCUCCCGGGGGCGCGGCUCUGGGCGUGCCGGGCAGGUGAUCCCUCAGGGCAGGUAGCCCGGGAACUGUUCCCUGUCAGAGAGCUGGGGAGGCACGGACAGGCUCCCAGAUAGGAGCAGGGCUUGGCCGCCACGCCCAGAUGGAGCUGCCCCGAGUGCCUGUCUCAGUGCCCCCCUGGGAUCCUUCCAGCCCCUCCCGAAUUGGUUUCCUGUGACCUCUCCCUGUAAACAGCUUUUUAUUUACCUAAAGCUUUGGGCUGGGCGUGUGCGUGCCAGCAGGUGGGUGUGGAUCGGUGCCUAGCAAACCAGGCUCUCCCUCUUCCGUUGUGUUGGCAGUGGACACACCUGCGUGCUCCGGUUUUGAACAGUACCUGAACAGACGUAAGAGUCAAGAACUGUCUUUGGAGACAGGAAUAAAUAGUAACCAUGACAACAGAGACUGGCCUAGAUUCUGAGGUGAAGAAUGCCCAAGAGGAAACUCCACAGCAACAGCUGGAGGCUGCAGCAAGUGGGCCGACCCCAGUGACCACCAGCCCUGGACCAACAGCCAACAGCCAGGAAGCUGAGGCCAAUGAAAAGCCCAGAGCCCACUCAGACUCCAGAAAUGCAGAGCCGGGUGCAGACAUGGAAGAAAAGGACUACAGUGAAACAGAUGGGAUAUCAGAGAAAACAACGCCCAGCAAGACCCAGAAGUCACCACAGAAAAUCACCAAGAAGGCCAAGAGUGCCCUCUGCAGAGUGACCCUGCUUGAUGCCUCGGAGUAUGAGUGCGAAGUGGAGAAGCAUGCCCGGGGUCAGGUGCUCUUCGAUAUGGUGUGUGAGCACCUCAACCUGCUGGAGAAGGAUUACUUUGGCCUGACAUUCUGUGACUCAGACAGCCAGAAGAACUGGCUGGACCCCUCCAAGGAAAUCAAAAAGCAGAUCCGCAGUGGCCCCUGGAACUUUGCUUUCACCGUUAAGUUCUACCCCCCUGACCCUGCCCAACUCACCGAGGACAUCACAAGGUACUACCUAUGUCUGCAGCUGCGAGCUGACAUCAUCACAGGGCGCCUGCCAUGCUCCUUCGUCACACACGCCCUGCUGGGCUCCUAUGCCGUGCAGGCAGAGCUGGGAGACUAUGACUCUGAGGAACAUGUGGGCAAUUAUGUCAGUGAGCUCCGCUUCGCGCCCAACCAAACGAAGGAGCUGGAGGAGCGGAUCAUGGAGCUGCACAAGACCUACAGGGGCAUGACACCUGGUGAAGCAGAGAUUCACUUCCUGGAGAAUGCAAAGAAGCUCUCUAUGUACGGUGUUGACCUGCAUCAUGCCAAGGAUUCAGAGGGCAUUGACAUCAUGCUGGGCGUCUGUGCCAACGGCCUCCUGAUCUACAGAGACAGGCUGCGGAUAAAUCGCUUUGCCUGGCCCAAGAUACUCAAGAUUUCCUACAAAAGGAGCAACUUCUACAUCAAAAUCCGCCCUGGCGAGUAUGAGCAGUUUGAGAGCACCAUUGGCUUCAAGCUCCCCAACCACCGCUCUGCUAAGAGGCUCUGGAAAGUCUGCAUUGAGCACCACACCUUCUUCAGGCUGGUGUCCCCAGAGCCUCCCCCAAAAGGCUUUCUAGUGAUGGGCUCCAAGUUUCGCUACAGCGGGCGGACACAGGCGCAGACCCGCCAAGCCAGUGCCCUCAUUGAUCGGCCCGCUCCCUUCUUUGAGCGCUCCUCCAGCAAACGGUACACCAUGUCUCGCAGCCUCGAUGGAGAAUUCUCACGCCCAGCCUCUGUCAGCGAAAACCACGACGCAGGGGUGGAGUCUGAGAAGCGGGACGAGGACAGUGAGCACAGUGGGAGGAGAAGAUCUGAGGCCGAGGAUGAGGAGGUGACAACCCCAACAAAAAUCAAGGAGCUGAAGCCGGAGCAGGAAACCACCCCCAGGCACAAGCAAGAGUUUUUAGACAAACCAGAAGAUGUUUUACUAAAGCACCAGGCCAGCAUCAAUGAGCUGAAAAGGACACUGAAGGAACCCAACAGCAAGCUGGUUCACAGGGACCGGGACAGGAGGCUGCCUUCAUCACCAGCCUCUUCCUCACCCAAGCAUGAUGACGAGUCACCAAAGGGGACCCCAGAGAAGGCCAGCGAGAGAGCAGGAUUGAGGGAGGGUGCAGACGAGAAAGCUAAGCCGCCUCGGCACAAGGCUCCUGAAAGUGACACCGGGGACGAGGAGCAGGACCAGGAGAAGGAUUCAGUCUUCUUGAAGGACAACCAUCUGGCCAUCGAGCGUAAGUGCUCAAGCAUUACCGUCAGCUCGACAUCCAGUCUGGAAGCAGAGGUGGACUUUACAGUUAUCAGUGACUUCCAUGGCACAGCCUUUGAAGACAUCUCCAGAAGUCUGCCUGAGCUGGAUAGAGAUAAGAGUGAGACAGAAGCUGAAGGUUCAAUUUCCUCUCAGGAUGCUGACAAAAUAGCUCCUGGCCAGGAAGAAAGUGCCAAGGAAGGGGAGAAGGUCUUCUACCAUGUGUCAGAAGUGUCCCAUUUUGAGUCAACAGUUUUGAAAACAGAAGCUGUGGCUGUCAGCCCUGCAUCUGGUGUGAAGAAGGCAGAACCAGAGACCUCUGUGCAACAGAGGUUCACAUCGGUGGAAACAACACAGGCUGAAGGAGGCACCACAGGAGGAAAAGAGACAAUAGCCACUUCCCACACUGUCACCACAGAAACCAUAUCAACAACCUCAGAUCCAAGCACCAAGUUGGGGAAGGGAACUGGCCCCACAACAGAACUUCGUUCCAUAUCUCCGAUCACCAGCACCACUGCUGGAAAAGAAGGUCUUACCAGCAUAUUCGGUGCUACUGCAGAAACCCUCUCGACUUCCACCACUACCCAUGUUACGAAGACUGUGAAAGGAGGGUUUUCAGAAACCAGAAUAGAGAAGCGGAUCAUUAUUACGGGAGAUGAAGACGUGGAUCAAGACCAGGCAUUAGCUUUGGCAAUCAAAGAGGCCAAACUGCAGCACCCUGACAUGCUGGUAACCAAAGCUGUGGUAUAUAGAGAAACAGAGCCUUCACCAGAGGAAAGGGACAAGAAGCCUCAGGAAUCUUGACCUCCAUGUUCACCGACAUUGGCAUCUCUAUUCAAACAAAGCUGGAGAACAAUGAAGAAGGGGCCUUCAUGCUGGAUUUGUCAACAAGACAGACAUCCUGGCUGCAACCUUAAUGGCGAGAGACAAAAAAAAAAAAAAAAAAAGGAAUAGCGAAUAUAUAUUAUAUAUAUAUAAAUAUAUA